AACAAAACCCGCAUGGUCCGGAGUCGCACGGAAGAACCUCUCCAACGGCACCGGAGCAGCCCCACCGCGGGCCGUGUUCUUCGGGUGCCCAUGCUUUUCAGCCCUGCGGACGCGAGGCGGCGACUGUCGGAUGUCUUUGAACACCUCCAGGCGAUCGACCGCUAUUUGCAGACGAUCGAUGGUUGCCCAGGCCCCAGCUGCGCCGCCGAAGCGUCCCUCUUUUCAGGACUGGACUACGUCCGCUUCGAUGGGCGCUUUGCCACUGUGGAAGAAGGCCUGGAUGACGUGGGAGUGACCAUGGCGCCAGGCCAAUGGCCAUCCCCCAGUCCCAGUGCUGAACCGACGGCCACCCUGCAGAAGCUCCUCAGUCCACCACAAGAAGAGCGUGUGCUGCGCAAGAUCAGCGAUGCAGGCCACAGCGGGCACACGGUGACACCGAAGACGACGCCGUCGGCCACCGGCGUGUCGGCAGGCCAGCGCUCGGAGGCGAGCACCGAUCACGAGGACACCGACGACACCGCGACGCGAGGACCUCCGCGUCCUCCGGUCGAGGAAGGUGCCGCCGAGAUCUCCGAAACCACAGGCUUCAAGCAUGAGAGCUGGCAGAGAGAUGCAGAACCAGUAGAGCAAGAAGGCAGGCAGAACGGCUUGGUACUUGCCACAUUCUUGGUGCAGUGGACCCUUUGCGUUUUGCUGAGCUACAGGGAUCCAGUCGAAGCAGCCUUGCUUGUGCACAACGUAGGUGGAAGACCAGAAACAUGGCAAAGACCUUCUGAACCUUCGCCAGUGGAAGAAGGUGGAAGACCAGAAUCAUGGCAAAGACCUUCUGAACCUUCGCCAGUGGAAGAAGGUGGACGGUGGCGACAGGCACACGGCACGUGUCCGCCCGAAGAAGGAGGCCCUAAAGUACCUGGUGCUGGCACAGGUGGCUUCCGUGGGCCGCCCAUGAAAGCGCCGCCCGCGCCCUUCACAGCGAGUGCCGAAGCGGCGGCGGAGCCAGAUCCGCCGCAGUGCAAGGAACCACCGAUGGGGGCGACCUUUACGACCCCCAUGGCCUUGGAGCGCAAGGCCCCCCCCUGCAGCUUCGAAGCGCCGAAGACGCCCACGCCCCACGCGCCGCCGCCCAAGCCGAUGCCGACCGCGGCGCCACCGCCGCCAGCGGUGCCCAACCACACGUCGCUGCCGCAGCGGCCGCCAGAGAAGGCGCCGCCAGAGAAGGCGCCGCCGGAGAAGGCACCGCCGGGGCCGCGGCCGGCGCCAGAGGCGAGGGCAAGUGGCGAGGCGCCGGUGCGGAAGAAGGCACCCCCUUCCAUGCUGACGACGAAGGCGCCGCCAGCCUUUGGAGGAGACACGACGACGCGAAGCGUGCUGCAGGCUCCCCCUGCAGUCGGAGCGGCGUCCGCGGGGUGGACUCGGAGUCCCAUCAACGAGGCGACCAUGACGAGCCGCAAGGCGCCCGUGCCGGCGGUGCCGCCGCUGGCGUUUGCUUCAGGCGCAGCGCCCUCAGAUGCUGAGUUGUUGGGCGACACUGGCAUCGAAGUCGUCGACGUCUGAGCAGCGGACGCAGCGGCGGGUGGCGUGCGCAUUGAGCUGCA